ACUUCCGGAAGUGCGUGGCUGAGAAGGAACAUGGCGCACAGAGCAGGACAUAUACCGAUAGUAUUCAUUACUUCAAAUUAUUGCUUUACUGGUCUUCUUUUGCAAAUUUUAAUAUCCUUUGUUGCAUUUACCACAGUUGUUGCUGACGGUGCUUUCAGUGCCAGUCACACAGCUACUGUUCCCAUCGCGGCUGCCAGAGAUCUGCGGUAAGUUUACAGAUGUGUGAAGUUCCUGUUAGCUAGCUGCUCUGUAUGCUAACGUUAGAGUGGUUACUAUGAUUCAUUUUUUCACCUGGAAAGGCUGAGAUAUCACUAACAGUCCCAGGGCGAGUUGCUGUUAUUUGAAGCGGUUUAUUUGUUUUUUCUUAAUUAUUCUCUCGUAUUAACCGGACAAGUCUUACAGUAAUUACAAGGCAGAGGUAACGUCGCCAAACUCCAUUUAAAUAGCGUCCCAUUUCAGAAGGUCUUGUGUCCUGGAACCACUCAGCCUUCUUUUGGUCUAUCAUUCACUGGUAUUUGCCAAAUACUGGUUUUGAUGAGAACACCGGUGUAUGAAUACUUUUAUAAAUAGCACUCUAUGAUAGCUUUUGCUGUGCCCUUUCUCCGUCCUGUAAGCAUUUUAAAUUGCAGACAGGAGCAUGAUAAUCUGAGAUUACUCAUGUCAUUUCAGGAUCGUUUUGUCUGUCUGUCUGUCUGCCAGAAAUCAGCUCCUCUAAACAGCCCUGCAGUUUAAAUACGAAGUAGUGAGCUGAUUAGAGCAGUCAGUCCAAGGACUUGAUGUUCAUUUUGAGAAUAAAUGCCUUAGCUGAGCCAGUGUGCUUUAUUUAUUUUUUUAACACAUAUUUUUCAAAAAACGUGAACAAACAGUUAUACAACUUUUCAAAAGGAUGCACUAAUACAUCCACAGAGUAUUGGCGAAGGUAAUCAUCGUUUUUAUUGAUAAAUAUCUACAAAAAAAAAAUGUCAUUCAUCAAUUGAAAAAGCUAGUAUAAGUGUCUGUAGAAUUAAACUGGCCAAGUAAAUGAUGGCAAGCUACUGAGCCCUGAGUUUCAGCCAACCAUGAGGUUUUGCUUUUGUGAACAAUCCAGAAAUGUAAAAACACACAAGAACUGAAUGGUAGCCCUAUUUUUGUUUGUUUUAAAUAAUUUCUCAUAUACGGACAUUCAUUUUUCAUUUAUUGCUUUUCUGAAGAAAUGUUCAUAUAAUUGUUGCAUAACAGUAUUUGUGUUUAUAUUUUUUGUUGUCAGGCUGUGUGAGUACCAAUAAAUGCAAAUGCAUAGAUCUAGGAUGCUUAUAGCUGGAUGAGAUCAAUUUAAUGUAUUUCUAAAGACAGCCUCCUUCACUGUCUCUUUUUCCUGUUUCUACUUACUCAGAUAUCUUCUGUAUGAUGUGAACCCACCUGAGGGUUUCAACCUGCGGAGAGAUGUCUACAUCCGUAUGGCCUCUCUAGUGAAGACUCUGAGAAAGGAAGGGGGUGACUGGGUGUUGGUGCUUCCUCCAUGGGGUCGCCUGUACCAUUGGCAGAGCCCCAACAUUCACCAGAUGCGGAUCCCCUGGGGGGAAUUCUUCAGCCUCAUGAGCCUGCAAGCAAAUGUCCCUGUCAUUGAGUAUGAGGAGUUUAUUGCAGGUUAGCUUUACAUUUGAAAUACUUAAAUGAUAUGAAAGGGGACAAAAGUUUGUCUUGCAUUUUAACAUGUGCAGCUUUGCCGUGGAUAUAUUAUAAACCCAGUGAAUCAGCUUUGUGUCUGUUCUCCUUUUUGUUGUAGAGAAUGGAGGGCCAUUCAUAGACCAGGUUCUGGUUUUGCAAAACUACGCUGAGGGAUGGACUGAUGGGAAAUGGGAAGAAAAAGUUGAUGAGAGGCCUUGCAUUGAGAAAUUGAUGUAUUCCAGAGAUAAACAGGGCUACUACAGGUAAUUCAACAAAGCAUAAUGCACAUAAAUCUAUUAACAAUGUAAAGAAUAAAAAGAUUAGCUAUUUAGAGGCGGUUUUACCCAGUGAUGGGAAGUAGCAGUGCUACGAAUAGUGGUGUUUCUAGUUUGAAUAUCUUUUUGUAGAUAAGUGGUGGCUUUGCUGCUUUCUGAAUCGAAUAGCUUUUCAGCGGUUUAGUUGUUGCAUUGAUUUUUUUUAGAGUGGGAGGGUCUUUACAAGUUAGACUCAUAAGUGGAUGUAGUGGACUGUCCACUUCUUUAUGACUGUGACAUUACUGUCCAACCCUUCAAUACAAGCAAGUGUGUGGAGACAUAAGCUAAUAUCCACCCAAUUCAACUAACAGAGGGGGCAAACAUGAUAAGAUAAGAACUUUAUUAAUCCCCAAAGGGACAUUCAAUGCAGGUGAAUCCCUACAAGCUAGUACAUAAGAAGCCUCUAAUAAGCUAACAAUCAUAUGGCCUGCAAACACUACCAACUCGUCAACAGCUAACUAGGAAGGUAGAGUGCACAGUAGGUUGCAUUACAAUACAAACAAAAAACAAAACUUAGAUUUGAGCUUUAGAUUAUGACUUAAAGUUAAAGUCAUAGAACAAGUUGGCCCACCUCUUAAUUUUCAAUCGACAUUACAGUACUUUGUAAAGCAUGUAUCAUUUUUUCUGGUUGAAAACAAGAGAAGGUUCUUAAAAAAAGUUGCACACAAAUAUUUUCUUGGCUGUCUCAGGAAGAUUUCAGUCAUGGAGUGUCUAAUAUAAUGAGCCAAAUAUGUUUAGGACCAUUUAACAAGAUGUUCAGACUACAUUAUAGUAAGGUAGUGAAGUGAAAUUUAUGUCACAACACUUUCUUUCUUUCUUUCCACUUUCUUUUCAUUGCCCCUGCAUGUAAGAGUAGAAUCAAAGAAGUUGUUUUAUAAUUGAAAACUGUAGACUGUAGUGUUGAAAAAUCAGACCUACUUUAAAAGGAGACUGGGUCCUUUCACAGUAUUUGUGUUUUAAUGAUGUCUGUCUCUACCUUUCUGCUCUCAUAUAUCACCUCAUCUUUAUUUGUGUGUUCCUCAGGGGCUGGUUUUGGGGCUUUGAGGAGACAAGAGCCAGAAAUGUAACCUGUGUAUCAGCCCAAGGCCAUGCCUCAAUCAUGGCACCUGUUCUUCAGAAAAACAUCACAGUGACGUGAGUCUACAGAGCUACUCACAUGAAAUAAGCUGAGGGAUAUAUGAUGGAGCACUAUUGACUUUUAAAAUGUGUUUGUUGCAGAUAAUAUGGUUUUGAGAUCAUGAUCAAACUUUUAUUGAGCUUGAUUCUUCCUGUUCUCAAGUUUCUUGCCUUGGAGAAACCUAGACUCAGCAUGAAAAAGAUCCAAAUGCUCUAUCUAACAUUCACUAUCUCAAAAUCAGGCCUAAACAGUUUACUCAGACCUGCAGUUUUGAAUACGCAAGGUUGUGCUGGUUUGAGAUCUCACAGUAAUGGUGCAACUCUUAGUCCAGUCCAGUCCAGUCCAGUCCAGUCACAGCAGUUCUGUUCAAAACAAACCAUCUGUAGGCAGCACCUGGACCAGAACCUAAUUACAAACACUCUUCAUUGAACAUCAAACUUAUUUUUAGCCAAUGCUCCUUCACCUUUGCACACGAGUUAAGAAAGCAACAUUUCUUACCCUUAAAUUGACAUUACUUAACUGUUAUGAAGAGUUUAACGACUCAGAAAAGGGGACUUCUCAAAGAGUUUUUUUUUUAAAUUCAUGAAUGUUGGUUCUGUCUGUAAAAAGAUCUCAACGGAGGAAAUUUUACAAACUGAUACAGAAGUGAGUAUGCUGUUAUAAUCCGGUACUGCUGUGUUCGAGUCUGGAGGUUGUGUUCAUUUGAGGUGCCUGAAAAGUCAUGAGGAUGACUUAUAAUACUCAUGAUAUAAACCGUUUUGUCUAACAGUUAAUGUAUUAUGUGCUGUAUUUCCAGCUGUCUGAUGUGGGGCAAGGACUGCAAAUUAGCCAUGGUUAGAAGUCCUGUAUACGGCAUCAGUUGCUCUUAAUUAGAUGUAACAAUGCAUCCAUGUAUUGUCCCAGAUAAAUAAUAUGUAACCAGUACAGGAUUGAUCAUUAGUUGGAAAUAAAAAAAAAAUGUGAACAGCAAAAUUUUAGGGCGUUCCUCCCAUGGAAUAAACUUAGAUAUAAUAAUUGAUAACACUUCACUUGAGCCCACCUCUUAUAUGCAUCAUCAGCCCAUUUACAAAGUCCCACAAAUGCAUCUGUUAGGCUUUAUAACUACCCCUAUGAGUGAUAAUAAGUAUACAUAACAACUUAUAUCAGUGUUGAUGAAGUGUUAUAAGCAUAAUGCCUUAUACAUAUAUGGUUUAUAAUGCCUCACAUCGUAAUGCAAAAGAAAAAAAUACUAUAUAUAAUAAUAAAAAUGAAUUCUAGUUGUGAAGUAUUUUUGUCUGACACUUUACUUUGCAGUACUAUGUCUUUACUUUCAAAGACACUGUACAAUGCCAAGAGAAAACAAUACAGACACUUAUCAAUGAACAUAUGUAAAUAUAUAUUUUUUUGAUAAUACACAGAAAGAGUUUUUUUUUUAACCUUUAUAAUCAGGUAAGGCUGUGAGAGUUAACCUGUGUUGUUAAACCCUGAAUUCAAAAGAUGCUCUAUUUUCUUUUGCAUGAAGGUGUAAUACAUUGUAAACCAUAUCUUAACCAGGCAUUAUGUUUGCUUAUAACACCUGAUCAAAAUUUCAAUAAGCUGUUAUAAUUGCUUAUAAUCACUUUAUAUAUGUGCAAAUAUAAUGCAUCAUAAGAGGUGUGUUAAUAUAACAUGUCAUUCAUUCAUAGUCUAUGCUUGAUUUAGUAUAGUUAAUUAGCUAAUAUAGCUAAUACUGCUGAAAGCGUUGAAAUAAUGAUUGGACAUUUACUAAUACAAUGUUAUUCAGUCACUUGGUUGAAUGAUAGGUUUAACUCUAAAAUAAGCUGUUGUCUAGCUGUAACUAGUGGAUUAUGAAACUGGUUCACAGUCUUUUAAAGUUCCUUCAGCUUUCCACCAUUUCUUGAUUAGUUAAUUGUUCCAAGAUUUAGAGGCAGUUGAAUAAUAAAAGGUUCCAGGAUUCCUCUAACUCUGUAUAAAACUAUGUUUGAUCUUCACCAUCAGCUUGUUGUCAGAGGAAAAUGGCCAAUAGAGAAUUCUGGCCUCAGAAGUUGCUUAUCACAUUUUUAAAAAUGACAAAGGCAUUUGUAAAAAAGCAGUAGAAAGUAGAAAAGGGCUCGGUCUUUAAAUUCUUAAUCCCCCAGCUGAAUAACAAGAAGCUGUAACCAAUUUUGCUGGCUUAUCCAAAGCUGUAUGGAUGAUGUCUGACCAUAGCCGAUGUAGUUGUACACAAACACACACCAAUGGUAAAACAAACAGAAAAUAUACCCAUCGGUCUAGACUGGCCCUGUUCUCCCAUCAGAUGACAUGUGAGUAGUAGACUACGUGACUUAAAGAAAUACCCUGAGGCACUGUCAUGACACAUGAUCAAUCACAUGGAUUUGAAAGUGCCAGCUAGCCAAAGUGUUCUGCACAAAUCCUCCAGACUUAAGUGGAGUCUUUGAUUCUUCCUUCAUAAAUACCUGAUAUAUGAUCCCUCUAACUUAUAGCUCAAGGGUGAUAUCACUUGCCACGUGUUUUCUUAUAUGCCAGGCACACCUACAGGGAUUAAUUUGUUUGUACAACUGAUAUUUUGCAGAUCUGUGAUGCUUGACAGAGCAGAAACACUCCUUCAUGAUCACUAUGCUGGGAAGGAUUACUGGGAUGUAAGUUAAAUAAUGGGCGGAUAUAUUGCACCUGUUUCUGCAAUACUGGUUUGUGGAAUUUGCUAGUAGUCAAUGAAACACAGCUUUUCAUGAAAAAGGUAAUCUCUUAUAGUGAUAUAGCAUAAAUCUGUGACUUACCCCCUUCUGUGGGAUCUCUGUAAUUGUCUGUGUUUGAUGUAGACUCGCCGCAGUAUGGUUUUUGCCAAGCACCUGCGACUCAUAGGGGACGACUUCAGAGCAAAGUACCUGAACUCUACAGACAGCACAGACAACACAGUUUACAGCGAGGACUGGACUCGCAUGAGAGUGAGUCAGUGUGUGUGGGUGUGACAUGAGGAUGUGUGUUCAAAAGGGAUUUUGAAAGGUGCUAAAUGUUAUGUGAGUGGAUUAGCUGUUACCAUUUUUAUUUACAUUGUUUACAUUACAUUGGUUCAACAUUGAUUUAUGUUCCAGUCCAGACAUAACAUUACUAGUUAUUUUUCUGAAUGUGUAAAUUGACUCUUCACAAUGAAAAGAUUACCUUAAAAAGGGUGAUUAUACCACCCACAUCUCUUUUUUUGAAUUUUUAUAAAUAUGGUAUUUGGUCACACAAUCCUGAACGACUGUUAUCUCAGCCUUCUGGUUACGGAGUUUUACAUUAUACAAACGGAUAGGACUCACAGGUUUGUUGUGCCUUGAUUUAUUCCUUAGGCCAAACUGGGCUCAGCUAAAGGUGGUCCCUAUCUGGGGGUUCACUUACGUAGGAAGGACUUUAUCUGGGGGCACAGAGAAGAUGUACCCAGCCUUAAGGGGGCAGUCAAAAAAAUGCACAGCUUAAUGAAGAAGCACAAACUGGAAUCUGUGUUUGUUGCAACAGACGCAGAUGGAGAAGGUAGGCACACAGCAGUCAAGUUAUUUUGUUUCGUAACUGAUUGUUCAUUACACACAUCAUAUAGUGAUCCUUGCUUUGAAUGUUGAAAGUAUUUUAUGAGUUAUUUUGAGGCUAACGUUAUUCUGUUGUAGACUUGAAGGAGCUGAAAAGGUUGUUGCCUGAAAUGGUGCGGUUUGAGCCGUCAGCAGAGGAUCUGGAGCUCCUGAAAGAUGGAGGAGUGGCCAUCAUUGACCAGUGGAUAUGUGCACAUGCAAGGUAAAUUACUCCUCAUGAUGUUGCAUCAGGUAUUCAGUCCAUGGCUAUUUGUUCAGUCUGCCAAACACCUCACAGACAAUGAGAUGGCACUUUUUAAAACUCUGCUCUGCUUCAUGAGAGACACAAAUCAAACACUUUUUUCCAAACAUUAAUGGCCAACACUUUUCACCUGAGAGUGUUUCUCUAGCAUUUCCUCAGGCCCAAAUAAUUUUUUUCCUCCUUUAAAUGACAAUAACUAGCAAAAAAAUACAUAUUUAUUUUAAAGACUCUGUAUAAUGUGUGCACCUCUUGAUGCUUCCAGAACAACAUUUUUUGCACAUUCAUUCACAAGCUCCUUAGCCCUGUGAAUAUUCAUUCUUGUAUUUACUGUUGCUUGUAUAACGAAUCUACUUAUGAGACGGACUGAAAUGAACAGAGAUGCCUCCUUGUCAUACAAAAUCAUAAGAGACCAUCACCAAGGGAGGAGAUUGAUUAACUCUGUAUAGCUAUUCCUGACGCCUGUGAUCACAAGCUGUCAAACAAAGCUACUAACCAAGGUUGUUGAGUGAGUUUAUAUUUUGACAGAAAAAAAGUGAAAAGACUACUUAGAGAAGUAACAAGCAAGAUCAAGAAAACAAAAAUAGGAAUGCCUGUUUUGUGCAGAGGAGUGUCAAAAUCAACAAAAAGGGAAAUUCCUAAGAGUCUUGGAGUUUCUUUACAGUAGGAGCCUUUCUGUUUAUGUGCUUUGGCUUGGCAUUGAACUGAUUCAGGGUCUACUCUAAUACUGAACCACUGUGUUAACUACUGUAAGCAUAAUACAUCCAUUUUACUUCAUUAAUUGAAGCUGCAAACUCUAAGUGCUGUAUUGGUUUGGGCCACUGUGUUUGAACAGAUUGAUUGCAUGACUUUAAGCACCAAGUGAUUGCUAAAUGUAAAAACAGGUUGUUCAAUAAUAAUUCAGUGCAGGUUGAUCUGUUUCACCCUUUGGCAAACUUGGAAACAGAUUUUGAACUUUGAAUCACUCAAAUAUUUUAAGCGCUUUGUUAUUAUACCUACCCAUGGAAAGUAUUUCUACUUGAAUAACUGGUCCGGGUGCCUGUACAUGCUGUUCCCAUGUCGUUUCACUAAGGCAGAGGUAUCUUCUGCGUGACUGUCUUCUUUCUUUUGUUUUUACUUCUUCAUGUCUCCUUAUUUUGUAGACAUUUUAUUGGGACGUCAGUCUCCACCUUCUCUUUCCGGAUCCAUGAAGAGAGGGAGAUCUUGGGUUUUGACCCCAAAACUACAUACAAUCGUUUCUGUGGGGACACUGAGAAAGAAUGCGAGCAGCCCACACACUGGAAAAUUGUUUACUGAUGUGACUUCAGACUCACAUGACACACAAGUGCCAAUAGCAGUGUUGAAAGGGACAGUUAUUGGAAAUUUACAAGAUAUCUUUACAACGUUAUGGUGUAUUUUUUCCUUUUUUUUUUCGUUGGUUGAAGAAUUGUGCAAUCAGGUCUGUGGUGACCACUGUGACUGAACCUUUUGAGUGAAAUGCCAAGACUGUGCUGCCAAACGUUUAUUACUGUGACGUUCAACCAUGAAUCUGCAAAUAUUUUGUGGGUUGUGUGUUGACUAUGAACCUGUCAUGUCUGCCUGUUACAUGUUUCUAAUGACUGAAAUGGAUUGUGUGGUCUGAGUGUUUUAAGUUUUAUAUUUGAACGAGAUUCAAAGCUGUUAAACCUCUCCCUUUCUUUAUGAAAUAUUCAUAUUUUUACAAGAAAAACACAGAAGUAACCCUCAGAUAUCAUAAGCACAACAUGAAGGCAAUGCAAUUUUAAUUCAAGAAAGACUCUUUUAUGAUAUCUUCACAUCAAGUAUUUAAAACAGAAAGUUUCUUCUUUAUUUAACAAACAUUUUGAUCUCUUUUAUUCUGCCGUCUUCAAGGUUUUCCAAAACUCUGCUUCAAGUAUUCGGAGCUCUUCUAAGUUUUUGUUUACUUUGAGUUUGUUGCCUUGAUUCAACUUGCUGCCUUCUGUUUGCACAUCACUUCAUAUUUAAGUGUGAUAUUAUCACCACUUGUAAAUCAAAAAGUAGGCAAAUGCAUCCUUAAUUUUUGCACAAGAUCCAAAACAACAGGGGUUCUCUCAUAAAAGCACUGCUCUGUACUCCACAGGAUAUCUUUGAAACAGGAUCCAGAAGUUUCCUGUUUUAUAAUUGGUUACAAAGAAUUGCCACCCAUUUUUCACCCAUCAUAUUCCUGUUUUGAUGUCAAAUAAUCUUUCUUCCUCUCUUGUAUGAUAUUUAUAUACAGUGCCAGUAUUAUUAAUCAUUAGUUCACAGGGUUAUAUGUUUCAGUGUCACUGAUGUUCAAAAGUAUUUUUUUUCUGUACCCUUAAUUUCAAACAUCAGAAAAUGCAGUUUAUAAGACAUAUGCUCUUUGGUGUAUUUGAAAGUGAUACUUCCAUUUUCAAGGUUUGAAAUACCACAAAUGGGACCACUGUGCAAGCAAGACAUGCAAUUGUUAUUUCACUAGCCUUUUCUUUUCAUUCCUGAGGAUGCAUACAUUUUGAGAUUAUACCGGCAUUGUCUCAUGACUUGAUUUGGACUUCAGAUGUGUACUUUUGAUGUUGAAUAAAGGUUUUAUUAGUUUGAACAUUUCAGGAAAUAUUGAUGUAGAAAUGGAAAACAACUUUGUCUAUUUUCUCUAACCUUUAUUUCUACAAUAGUUUGGACUUUGGGUGUAUUUCUUGGUGUUCGAGUCAUAAUGUGGAACACUUUAGAGCUAUGUAGUAAAUAAAAAUCCUGCUGGAUUACUGAUUAUCUUCAGCUACCUCAUACUGCUUUUCCCAACAGAGAGAAACUGCUUGGACUGCCUCAUGAGAAUUUUUCUAUGAUAUUUACAGCACAACAUUUCUAAAGGCUUAUUUUACCUCUCAUAUAAACCCAACCCUGAGGUCCUAUAAUGGUUCAUAGAGCAUUGUUUUGCCUUUUUAAGAGUGUGAUUACAGAGUGUACUGGUGGAUAUAGUACUUAAAACACCUGACGGAUACUGCUGUCAUGAAAUAUCCUGACUCGGGUUUCAUGUUGGUGAAAGAUCAUACUUGAACAGGAAAUGUAUGACUAUGAUCAGACAUUCAGACUGAUCACUAUCAGUCACUUUGUUCAAAGUGUUGAGAUGAGCGACUGAAAGGUAUUUUCUCUUAGUUACAGCUUUAAUACUCUGUCUGGCAGCUGAAAAUCACACAUCUGCAGGAUGCAUAAGGUUUUUUCUCAGUUUAUUAAGAUCUUUCUUAAAGCAUUACACUUAAACUUCACUGAAACUUCUGCCC